AUUUCUUGUAUUCAAUGAUUUACUUGGCUGCCGUUCAUCAAUAUUUGACAAUUCUUUUAUCUUUACCACAUUAGCUGGUUAAUUUGUGGUUUAAUCAGGAUCUAGGGUUUCAAAUUUUUGAUAUUUAGUUCUGAUUUUUGUCCCUUUUACAAUUUUUUUUAACAAAGGCAAACAACAUAAAUCGCGACAGUUUGGAGCUUAUUUAGAGAAAAUCCCAACAUUUUGUAUAAUUAUUGAAAAUCUCAAUUUUGUGUCUCGAGAUACAUAAUUAACUUCCGAUACAUUCAAGAAGAUGCAUUUUUUCCUUUAUAAAAAUACAUAAUUAGCUCUUGAUAAAUUUUUUCGAUUUUGGGUCUGUUGAGAUACAUAAUACAUUCUGUGAUGAUGCAUUUUUUCUUUGUAAAAAUAUAUAAUUAGCUUUAGAUAUAUUUUUUCUGAUUUUGGGUCUGCAGGGAUAAAUAAUUAGCUUUCAAUAUAUACAAUGAAGAUACAUAAUUAGUUGGAAUUUUCGUAAUUACUUUUUAAGGGUGAAAUAUGUGUAAAUAUGAUAAGUUAAGGCGUAUGUUUAUGUUAUUUUUCCUAAAAAAAAAAAAUAAGGCAAUCUGCUAUAGAAUAUGCUCAAGACCUUUUUACCUUUUUUCAAUAUUGUCGAUGGUUUAAGGUUUCUUGUAUCUCCAAUAUUUACCAUUCUGAUUCAUGUUAGUCAAAACAGACCAUUUUUGUUUCUCCUACCACUAGUUUGAAGUAGUCAUCUUACCUAUUACUGUUCUAGGAAUAGGAAAAAGCAGGAAUACUCUACAUGAAAAAAAGCAUAUGACCAAUUGCUUAUAUAGUUCAAAUUUCAAAAGUUUCUUAAACAUUAUGUAUGUAUCCAACUAUUUGAUGCUUAAAUUUGUUAAUAUUUGGCUGAAAUUCCUGUAAUGUCUUCCUUCUUCAUGAUUUUUAAAGUGGAAGUAGCGGUUUGGCAUUUUGAAGUUAUUUACUGGCUAUUUCAACGGUAUUUAUACAUCGUCGAUUAGCUCUGUGUGCUUCUUUCCCCUUGAAUGUACUCUUUUUUUCAGCUCAUGAUUAAGAUUUGUUCAUACUUAGCUCACUUUGCUUGUGUUCCCCUAAUUAGCAAUUUACAGAGCUAAAGUCGACUGAUUUGUUUUCUUAGAAAUUAACAACAAUUAGCUCUGGAUGGUUCUGGUGUAGAAUGAACUCACAUACGUGAGUUUCUCAUGGCUAAUCUCAAGACUAGAGAAUGGAUGGCGGUAGCCAUAGAUUGACAACCUGUGCAAAAGAUGUCGGCGGUGGCUCGACUUUGCUACUCUUCACUUCCUGGUCACUAUCAGAAUCAAUUUCGUCACUUUUCUGGUGCCAAACCCAUAUUUACAGAGAAUAUUUGUGCCAAAAAUCUAAACUUUAACCCUUUAAGAACCAGGCAUAAGUGGGGUUCGGAUUUGCUUAUCAAUUACCAAAUUCCAUGUGCCAGUGGCAGUGAUGGAGGAAGCAUUGGAAUGGGACGGGGCAGUGGAGGUGGUGAUAGUGGUCAUGGGAGGGAUUGGAGUGGUGGUGGCGAAGAUUCAGAUGAUUCCUGGGAUAGUUUUGGUCCAAUUGGUGCUUUUGUCAAUGGCUGGAGAUCUAGGGUUGCUGCAGAUCCACAGUUCCCUUUUAAGGUUCUUAUGGAGGAAUUGGUUGGUGUGACCUCCGCUGUCAUUGGAGACAUGGCAUCUCGUCCUAACUUUGGCCUCAAUGAAUUGGAUUUUGUGUUUUCCACACUUGUUGUUGGUUCCAUUUUGAAUUUUGUGUUGAUGUAUAUAUUGGCACCAACAUCAGCUAUUUCUAAUCGAGCCCUGCCUUCCAUUUUCGCCAGUUGCCCACCAAGCCACAUGUUUGAGCCUGGUGCUUACAGUUUAUUGAGUCGGGUUGGGACAUUGGUUUACAAAGGAACCCUGUUUGCUGCAGUUGGAUUUGCUGCUGGACUUGUUGGAACUGCAAUUUCAAAUGGUUUAAUCAAGAUGAGGAAGAAGAUGGAUCCUAAUUUUGAGACGCCAAAUAAGCCUCCUCCAACACUUCUGAAUGCUGUAACUUGGGCAACUCAUAUGGGUGUCAGCAGUAAUUUAAGAUACCAAACACUUAACGGCAUUGAGUUCUUGCUUGAUAAAGCUCUUCCUUCUGUGGUUUUUAAAACGUCCGUUGUGGUUUUGAGAUGCUUGAAUAAUGUCCUCGGCGGAAUGUCAUUUGUCAUGUUGGCAAGGCUUACUGGUUCUCAGAGUGUAGAUAAAGGGGAGGUAGUUACUGUGGAAGAAAAGGCAGAGAAAGAGAGGUUGCUGAAUCAGAGUGACAACAUACAAACUGUUGAUUCUGUUUCGAAAAAGUGAAUUGGGAUUUGUGUUUAUCAUGAUAUGUCUACCCCAUUCAGUUAUCCCACCUCUUACUAUGAAUUACUAUCAUCAUAAAUAGAAGUGAUUUAGUUUCUCUGACUUCAUCUACUUUAGGGUGUAGGGAGUUUUGAGUUUGUAUUUUAUUUUCAGAGAUGAGACAACAGUUAUUAGUUGAUAUUGAUGAUCAUGUCCGUUUGUAUGUCUCAUGCUUACAACUGACAUUAUGCCCAAA